AUGCAAGCUGUUCAGUUCAGGUGGGAGAAGGUCCGCUUGAAGUAUGCGAAGCUGAUGAAGCAGGCGACGCCGCAGCCGGGUUUAAUAAAUGCAGCAGCAGCAGCAGCAGCAGCAGAAGGGGGCCCCCCAGAGGCCCUCGAUAUAGACGCAGAAGCAGCAGAGUUAGCUGCUGCGCUGCAGCUACAGCAACAGCAGCAACCGCAACAGCAGCAGCAGCAACUCAUGCUGCAGCAGCAACAAACUCAACGCACGCAGCGCAUGCAACGCUGCGCGGCGGGGGCCCCUGGGGGGGCCCCCAGCAGCGGGGCUGCUAGCCCCAGCUCAGCUCCGUCAGGAAGAGGACAAUCUGCUGCUGCAGCAGCAGCUGCAGCAGCAGCAGCAGCAGCAGCGCAGCAAUGCGGGGGCAACACAGCAGCAGCAGCAGCAGCAGCAGCAGCAGCAGCAACAGCAACAGCAGCAACCGCAACACCAGCAGCAGCAACUCAUGCUGCAGCAGCAGCAAACUCAACGCACGCAGCGCAUGCAACGCUGCGCGGCGGGGGCCCCUGGGGGGGCCCCCAGCAGCGGGCUCUGCUUGCUGCUGCAGCAGACGAAGGCGGGCGGCCAGCCGCAGGUAGAACACCGAACGCAAAGAAAGCGAAGCAGCAGCAGCAGCAGCAGCAGCAGCAGCAGCGGCAGCAGCAGCAGCAGCAGCAUUUGCUUUUGCAGGGUGAAGAGCAUCAUCUGUUGCAGCAACAUCUACAUCAGCAGCUGCAGCAGCAACUACAACAGCAGCAGCAGCAGCAGCAGCAGCAGCAGCAGCAGCAGCAGGAUUGCAGCCCCUCUGACCAGCUGUCGGCCUCACAGUGGGCGCUGCUGCAGCAGCAUCUGCAGCAGCAAGCAGCAAGAAGGAAAGCCAGCAGCAGAUCUAUGUCUGUUCGUUCUUCUCGAUCAGAGGGGGAGUUGGGGGACGUCUCUGCUUCUUUAUUUUCUCCUAAUGGUACAGCAGCAGCAGCAGCAGCAGCAGCAGCAGCAGCAGCAGCAGCAAGUGCUGCGCGGCCCCUCGCAGUUAAGAGCGAUCCCUUCUAUGCAGAAGGUGUAGAUACACCCCAAACAGAUGGGGAUAUACGGACGCAGUUGCUGCUGCAGCUGGCGAACAGGCUGCAGCAGCAGCAGCAGCAGCAGCAGCAGCAACAGCAACAGCAGCAGCAGCAGCAGCAGCAGCAGCAGCACGGAAGUGAACAGCAAGAUACCGUCGUGCUGCUGCAGGCUCUUAAGAGCCUUCUGCUGCAGCGGCAGCAAAACCGACUUGAACAGGAGUAUGCAACACGUCUCCCGCAGCAGCAGCAGCAGCAGCAGCAGCAGCAGCAGCAGCAGCAGCAGGACAGCAGGAACAUCGAAGCAGACUUGCUGCGGCUGGUGGCGAGGUCAGCUGGGCUGCUGGGUGCUGCUGGGGAUCGUGGGGGUAGAGGAGUUGCAUCUACAGGAGUUGAAGCUGCUGCGCUGCAGCAGCUGCAGCAGCUGCAGCAGCUGCAGCAACUGCAGCAGCUGCAGCAGCAACAGCAGCAACAGCAGCAGCAGCAGCAGCUGCAGCAAAGUGCAUGCACAGCAGCAGCAGCAGACACACGAACAGCAGCAACACAGGUCUGGGGAGAACCCCUAGAAGACAGUACCGUCGCCGACAAUGUGCAUGCAUUGCUUCGGUUGAUAGCCGAUGGGAGCAGCAGCAGGUCUGUCUCAGCAGCAGCAGCAGCAGCAGCAGCUGCUGCUGCUGCUGCAGCAGGAGGGGGAGGGGCCGCUGCUGCAGCAAACAGCGCAGACGAUGCAGCAGCGACGCAUGCAGCUGUGUCUUUGGGGCUGCCGCAGUGGGCAGCAAGGAGCCCCCUGAGCAGCAGCAGCACGAACACAAGCAGCAGCAGCAACAACAGCAGCAGCAACAGCAGCAGCAGCAGCAGCAGCAGCAGCUGGGGCCCUUCUCCUCUAUCUUCAUUGGUUGGCCCUGUAGUUGGGUCUUCUUCACAUGGAUCUACAAACAGCAACAGCAGCAGCAGCAGCAGCAGCAGCAGCGGUAGCACCCGCAGCAGCAGCACAUCAACCCCUCCUCCCCCUCCCGCCGCACCCUCCUCAUCCUCCUCCUCCUCUUCCUCAUCAUCAUCAUCAGCAGCAGCAGCAGCAGCAGCAGCAAGAGACAGCAGCAACGAAGGAGAAAACGGAGACGAUGGGGGGGACCUGCAGCCGUGGCGGCGUGCUGUCUGCGUGAUACUGGAGGAUGUAUUAGAGAACUGUAUAUUAGAGGUGGGCACAGAGCUGCGCUCCUGCAGCAGCAGCAGCAGCAGCAGCAGCAACAGCAGCAGCAGCAGCAGCAGCAGCAGCAGCAGCAGCAGCAGUUUAUCUCGAGAACGGCUGCAGUUCGCACCCAUGGUCGGCAGACUCAAAGCACUAGCAGCACGCAGCAGCAGCAAGGAGGAGCUGCGCCCCUUCCUGCGGCUCUUCUCCCGCAGCAUAAGGUUGGGGAUGGUGCCUAGUAAGCAAUCAGCAGAGCAGCAGCAGCUGCUGCUCGAUGCUUUGGGUGCGCUUGAUGAUGCUAUGGCUGCUUCCAGAGCAGCAGCAGCAGCAGCAGCAGCAGCACCGACAUCAACGAAUCCGCCCAGGCCCAAUGACUCAGCAGAUGCAUAUGCAGCUGCAACAGCAUAUGCAACAUCAUCAACAGCAACAGCAACAUAUACAACUGCAGCAGCAGCAGCAGCAGCAACAGCAGCAGCAGCAGCAGCAGCAGCACCGACAUCAACGAAUCCGCCCAGGCCCAAUGACUGUGGGUGUAUAUGA